AUGGCGAUAUUCUCACAAGACUCGGCUUCACGUUGCAACACAAUGAACUUUGGUAGGAUUAACCGGAGUGCUCAGAGAACCACUGAAAGGACAAGUGUGCUGUUUCAGAAUGAGGCAUGUUCAGAGGCAAGGCUGGGCAGGAGGGAAAAAUUAAGCUAGUUGGUUUCUUUUAGAGGAUAAAAACCAAGGCUGGGUUUGAGCAAGCAACAAAAGGAUAGUUGUUUUCAAAGUCGGGACCUCGUUUUUCUUCUUCCACCUGAACUGUAACAGCUUCAAGACAACACCUUCCCGAACAAAACCUUCCUGUUCGACCCUCCGUGGGACGUUUUCUGCCUUUAAAGUGUUAGUUUAUCUCCCAUAUGAGACCAUGAGGGUCUCAUAGCUGUCAUAGGUACAUUUCUUCAGGAACAUCUGUUCUGGUGAAUUUCCUCUGGUCGGGAUCAGCUUUUCCUGGGAAACUGUUUUGGAUCAGGAACAGCAUUUUGACAGAUCCUCAUUGUUUUUCUGUGUUUAUCUAUUUGGAGUGUAAAUCACAUCCAUGUAGCCCCUCCUCUUUCUGCAGACACUGCUGACGGAGAGCCAAAACACCAGAGAGCUGCGAGUCAGUCUCACACACACACACAAACACAGAGGAAGACAGAGGAUCUCCAGAGAAUAGACGAGCACCAGAAGGGAGCAAGUGCGACAAUAAGGAUAAACUCCCAUUUCUUGGACUAUGUCAAAAGGCGUAAAGAGGUUGGACCAGUGAUCUUUGCUCUGCAGGAUUUUAUUCUCGUGCUUGUGAGUAAAGACUGAACUAACAGGUUUUCUUCCCUGUAAAGUGGAUCCUUCCUUACUCUGGAGAACACUCUUCCUUUCUGUACUGUAGCACUAUGGACGCUUUAAGUUGUAAACAGUCCAGUCCAGUUUGUGCUUUAGACAUGCAUGUUUGUGUUGUUGUUGAAUAGUUUAUGUCAGAGUAAUAACAAUGGUUGAACCAGUGGGGUUUGUGGAGGCAUGGAAAGCCCAGUUCCCUGAGUCUGAUCCCCCUUGCAUGGACCUGACCUCAAUGGGGGGCAUUGAACAGGAGCUGGACAAAUGCAAGGUAUCUAUCAGGCACUUGGAGAAAGAAGUAAACAAGGAGCGCUUUCGGAUGAUUUACCUGCAGACUCUGCUUGCAAAAGAGAGGAAGUCUUAUGAUGGGCAGCGAUGGGGAUUUAAAAGGACGCCCCAGACAAAUGACGGAGACUUUUCUGGUGGCCCAGAGAGCCAGAGGACCCCCACAGAUAAGGCCCCUGAGGAGGAGCAGCAGCUAAGAGGGCCUGGCAAGACAGCCAGAUGUAAACCGCAUCCUGAAGGAGAGGUGGAUGGUGCAUCCCCAGCCAAACAGAAGGGUGGAGUGACACCCGUCCGACAGGACUCAGAGAUUCCUGAUUUCCCGUUGGGCACAGGCUCGGUGGCAGCUCUCAGAUCCAACUUUGAGCGCAUCAGGAGAGCCAACUCUCACACAGCCGGGGAUGGCAGAGGUUUGUCAGUGAUGGGUGGCCAGGAGAAACCUUUCUAUGUGAACAUGGAGUACCAUCAUGAGCGAGGGCUGGUCAAAGUCAACGACAGGGAGGUCUCAGACAAGAUCAGCACCCUGGGCUCUCAGGCCAUGCAGAUGGAGCGUAAGAGGUCCCUGCACUCUCUCCCAGGGAACCUCUCAGCCGCCACGGGGGACAUCAGCAAGGCUGUGCAGAGAGGCAGAUCCACUGAGGGGAACUGCAGCUACAAUGGGUCAUUUGAUGACGCCGAAGUCCACCCACACUUCCUGAAAGACAGUGUGCUCCGUUCCACUGGGGGAAAGUCUGAUCGGCAGCCAGCAGAGUGCCAGCCUUACACCAGUGUGUAUGUUGGGGGAAUGAUGGCUGACGGGGACACUCGAGUCAUCCACAUUAGGGACCACAGCAUAGAGGAGGAUGCACACCUCACCUGGCCGAGGCGCUCCUACUCUCCCGGCAGCUUCGACGAUGUAGGAGGAGGCUACACACCAGACUGCAGCUCCAACGAGAACUUAACAUCCAGCGAGGAGGACUUCUCCUCAGGCCAGUCCAGCCACGUGUCUCCCAGCCCCACCACUUAUCAGAUGUACAGGGACAAGAGCCGCUCACCCUCCCAGCACUCCCAGCACUCCUUUGACAGCAGCAGCCCACCCACACCCCUGUCUCAGAAACGUCUGAAGCAGCAGGUGACGGUGUCUGAGGCCUCCAUCGUUGGGGUCCGCAAAACGGGCCAAAUCUGGCCCAGUGAUGGGGACUCCACCACGUCCAGCAGGACCUCUCAUGACAACAGUGUUCAAGGAGAUCUGGAGGCUCCCUACAAUGAGACCCCUCCGUCAUAUGGCUAUGACCUGGAGCACUCAGAAGAGCACCAGCCUCGCCACGACCCUCUAUCCUUCACUGGAUCUCCGUCCUCCUCGCCACGACUCCGCUCCAAGAGCCGGAGCAGCCGAGACACCCAGUCCUCCGGGUCUCUGGAGUCCACGCUGUCGGUGGAGCUGGAUCAGGAGAAGGGGCUGGAGAUGAGGAAGUGGGUUCUGUCAGGAAUCCUGGCCAGUGAGGAGACCUACCUCAGCCACCUGGAGGCCCUGCUGAUACCCAUGAAGCCUCUGAGGGCUGCAGCCACAACCUCUCAACCCAUGCUGACCAUCCAGCAGAUAGAGACCAUCUUCUUCAAAGUGCCAGAACUUCAUGAGAUCCACAAGGACUUCUACGAUGCUCUGUUGCCCAGAGUCCAGGACUGGGGCCACCAGCAGUGUGUGGGCGACCUCUUCCAGAAACUGGCCAGCCAGCUUGGAGUGUACCGAGCCUUCGUGGAUAACUAUAAGGUUGCUGUGGAGACGGCGGACAAGUGCUGCCAGGCAAACGCUCAGUUUGCAGAGAUAUCUGAGAAUCUCAAGGUCAAAAGCACAAAGGACUGCAAAGACCAGUCGGCUAAAAAUUCACUGGAAACUCUUCUCUACAAACCUGUGGACAGAGUGACGCGCAGCACACUCGUUCUGCAUGACCUCCUGAAGCACACGCCCUCCAGCCACCCGGACUAUCCACUGCUUCAGGAUGCACUGCGCAUCUCUCAGAACUUCCUGUCCAGUAUCAAUGAAGAGAUCACCCCGCGUAGACAGUCCAUGACAGUUAAGAAGGGAGAGAACCGUCAGCUGCUGAGGGAUCGCUUCAUGGUGGAGUUGGUCGAAGGUUCCAGGAAACUCCGUCACGUCUUCCUUUUCACAGACCUGCUGCUUUGCACAAAGCUGAAGAAACAGGCUGCAGGAAAAGGGCAACAGUAUGACUGUAAGUGGUACAUCCCACUGGCUGAUCUGACCUUCCAGACCAUCGAGGACUGUGAGUCCACCCCAAUCCCUCUAGUCCAGGACGAGGAGAUCGACGCCAUGAAGAUCAAAAUAUCCCAGAUCAAGAACGAGAUCCAAAGAGAAAAGAGAACCACCAAAGGACCCAAGGUGAUCGAGCGACUGAGAAAGAAGUUGUCAGAACAAGAGUCUCUGCUGCUUCUUAUGUCACCCAACAUGGCGUUCAGAGUGGCCAACAGAAACGGCAAGGGUUUCACAUUCCUCAUCUCUUCUGACUAUGAGCGUGCUGAGUGGAGGGAGAUUGUUCGCGAGCAGCAGAAGAAGUGUUUUAAAAGCUUCUCUCUGACCUCUCUGGAGCUGCAGAUGCUCACUAACUCGUGUGUGAAACUCCAGACUGUUCACACGAUUCCAAUGACCAUGAAUAAGGAAGAUGAUGAAUCUUCUGGUUUGUACGGCUUCCUAAAUGUCAUUGUCCACUCUGCGUCAGGGCUGAAACAGAGCUUAAACCUUUACUGCUCUCUGGAGGUGGAUUCCUUCGGCUACUUUGUCAACAAAGCCAAAACACGUGUGUACAGAGACUCUACAGAGCCCAACUGGAACGAGGAGUUUGAGAUUGAACUGGAGGGCUCUCAAACUCUAAGGCUGCUCUGCUAUGAGAAGUGCUGCAACAAAACCAAGCAGAGCAAAGAGGACGGAGAGAUGACAGACAAGAUCAUGGCAAAAGGACAAAUAAAGCUGGAUCCUCAGACGUUGCAAAAUAAAGACUGGCAGAGGACAGUCAUUGCCAUGAAUGGGGUUGAGGUGAAGCUUUCCAUGAAGUUCACCAGCAGAGAGUUCAGUCUAAAGCGGAUGCCUUCACGGAAACAGUCUGGCGUGUUUGGAGUGAAGAUCAACGUAGUGACUAAACGAGAGCGCUCCAAGGUUCCCCUCAUUGUGAGACAGUGUGUGGAGGAGAUUGAGCGCCGAGGGAUGGAGGAGGUGGGAAUCUACAGAGUGUCUGGCGUCGCGACUGACAUCCAGGCUCUGAAGGCUGCCUUUGAUUCAAAUAACAAGGACGUGUCUGUCAUGAUGAGGGAGAUGGACGUAAACGCCAUUGCUGGAACACUGAAGCUGUAUUUCCGCGAGCUGCCGGAGCCUCUUUUCACUGAUGAGUUGUACCCCAACUUUGCUGGAGGCAUCGCUCUCUCUGACAGUGUGGCCAAGGAGAGCUGCAUGCUCAACCUGCUGCUGUCUCUACCAGAGCCCAAUCUGGUGACCUUUCUCUUCUUGCUGGACCACCUUAAAAGGGUGACUGAAAAUGAGAGCGUCAACAAGAUGUCUUUGCACAAUCUGGCCACAGUUUUUGGCCCCACUUUGCUUCGGCCCUCUGAAAAAGACAGCAAAAUCUCAAACAGCUCACAGCCAAUCUCCAUGAACGACAGCUGGUCUCUAGAGGUCAUGUCUCAGGUGCAAGUCCUUCUCUACUUCCUCCAGCUGGAGAGCAUUCCAACACCCGACAGCAAACGUCAAAGCCUUCUCUUCUCUACUGAAGUAUAACAGGAACAUCAUGCACUCAAACGUCCAUAAAUGUCCUGUUCAGAAGCAGAAUGUUAGCUGCUCAAUGUGGUGAAUGCUGCUGAGCAGCCAUGGCUGGCUGGUUUACUCCGAGGAUGCUUAAUGUAGCCACCAGGUGGAACCACCAACUCAUUGUAAACUAGAAAUCAGCCACCAUGACCAAAGCCAUCUCUUUUGGAGAUGUGAUGAGCAUGUGUGUGCUGUUUACAAGCUUACCUGCUGUGUCAGAAAAAGACAACCCUAUAUGAUGUAUGGACAAAAUAUAUCAUUCCUUUUUUAAUUUAAUUUAAAUUCCAAUUACUGUACUUUAAUCCACUGCCCCGGUCUGUCACUGUGCACAUUAGCUCCGUAUUCACAGAGGGGGAUUUCUGCUGUAGUUGGAUUUUGUAAGAUUUGAUUCUGCGGCUGAAUGAUGGAUGAAUGGUUGAAUGAAUGGACAUAUUUUUCAUGUGUGUAUUUUUUCCCAGAAAUGUUUGGUUGAAAGCUCACCUGUGCCAAUGUUUCCCUGCUGAUGACCAACAGAACAUUUCCCUUGCCCUAAUGUUUACACACACUCUUAAUUUUGUACAGAAUUAAAAAGUAUGAGACUGAAAACUGUAGUUAACACACAGCAACGUGCAGGCAUGUUGACCGAACCUUUUCAAGUGUUUUGUUAUCUGUGCUAUACAAUUUGUAUGGAGACCUUAUUCAGUUCACAGGUUCUUCUGGUGGUGUCCGGGCCAUCGUUCGAGUGCUUUUUUUGGAUUUAAUACAGGGAAGUGAAAGGCAAAUCAUUCCAGGAAAAGGCCAGGCCUAACCCUUCCACCUGUGAAGUGUAUACUGUGCUGUGUGUCAUUUUAAUCUCACAGUGGUCUUUUGUCCAUAUCUCAUAUGUAUUGUGUCCAUAUUGUUUUUUGGCUUCUGUCUGAUUAUUCAGUUUAUUCAGUUGAAGGUGAUGUAUAUGUGCUGCUCCCAGCAUUCCUUCUCUGUAGUCUACCUUUCUAUAUAGGACAAAACCACACUGCUGUAGAAGCACCUAGAGAUUAUGCAAAAUACCAAAUGUUUGUUUCCUAGUAGGAUCCUUGAAGCACAGUCAUUCAAUCAUAUCCAGGUCUCCUGGUUUAUUAACAUGUUCAUCAUCCACAUACCUAGUAUUGCUUUCAAAGCCAUAUGACAGUACGUUGUGUGCUUGCAUUAAUAUUUCUUUCCAAAUCACUUUAAGUAUUCAAACACUUGUUAGCACAAACUAUAACUCUAAAGGCGUGUGAUUUAUGUAAAAUAAGCAAUAACUCUUAGUGAUUCUUAGGAUGAGCAAUGACUAGUGGGUCUUGUAUGUAUGAUUUAUGUAAAUAAAACUUGGUAAUAUUA